AUGACAGGGAGUAAUAGGACUCCCGCCGAAGAUCUGGCUAAGAGGGUUGAGUGUGAGCAGAUUAGGGAGACGGCAUUUGAGAAUGCCAUGAUUGUUGUCAAUAUUAUAGGUGGUACUGUAUCUGACAAGACGCCAUUCUUGGCUGACUUGAAGUCCUCCGGCAAAUAUGUCAUGCACGAUCUGUAUAAGGUCGGUGGCACGCCUGCUCUCCUGAAGUUCCUCCUCAAGGAGAGACUGAUUAAUGGCUCGAGAAUCACGAUUACGGGGGAAACGAUGAAGGAGAAUGUUGCCUUGUGGCCUGAUUUCUCUGUGGCCCAGCCCAUCAUCCACCCUCCCAGUAGCCCCAUCAAGCCCUCCGGCCACCUGCAGAUCUUGCGCGGAUCGUUAACGCCAGGUGGGUCCGUCGGCAAGAUCACUGGACAAGAAGGUCUACGGUUCGAGGGAACAGCCAAGUGCUACGACUAUAAAUAUGCGUUCAUCGAGGCACUCGAGAAGGACGGGAUUAAGAAGGGAGAAAGACAGUCGUAA